AUGACGUGUGACAUGUUGAUUUUGGUCCUGACAGUGCUGACCAUGGAGCUGUCGAUCUGGCUGAAUGGAAUCCGAGACGUGAAUUCUCUAGGAUCAUCCGGCCAGCUGAUUUUAUUCAUUGUUGGGUUGGGCAGUUGUGUGAGCGCGCUGACACAGUUUUAUCGAGGGCGACGGGCCAAGAAACAAAGUCGGACACCAGUCGAAGAAAGAAGGCCUGCUCAGGCAGAACUGCUCGACCGGGAGGCAACCAAGCAGGAAUUGCUGGCACGAGCUCUGCUCGUUUGCGAGUGCCAAAUCUGCUCCAUCGUCGCUAAGAGCAAUGACAUGCCUGUCAGCUGGAAACCAAAUGGCAUGGUGGUUGACACGCUCCCUAUAGAAUGGCAAGCUGGCUACAGGACAGGAGGAGGAAAACCGGCAGCAAGGAAAGCAGGUCCAAAUUCAAGCCGGAAAAAGAAAGCCUCACUAUUACCUGACAAGACGCGGCAACAGAAGAAAAAGCAUGACGGCAAUGAUAAUGAAGGAGGAGGAGGAGGGGGGAAAGAUGAAAUUGACCUUUCGACGAGCAGCACUGCUAUCCCGCUGACGCUGCAGCAGCUACUGCUCAAUGUUUUCAAGUACGGGUUGCUAGGAAACGAACAACAAGGACAGCAGGAAGAUGAUGGAGAAGAAGAAGGAAAAGAAAGAGACAUCAAAUCCCUCAUCCAAACCAUCAAGUCGCAUCUCUACAACCGCGACUUUGACUCCGCUUUCACAGA